GUGUGUGUGUGUGUGUGUGUGUGUGUGUGUGUGUGCAGGCAUGGCGUGGCUGCUCCAGAGCCGUGGCUCUCCCAGGUUGGUGCUGGUGGUGGUCUGCGUUGCUCUGCUGCUUGACAACAUGCUGCUCACCGUCGUCGUUCCCAUCAUCCCGACCUUCCUGUACGCCAUGGAGCAUCCGGAACCGCAGACCGCCGCGCCCACCCGGACCUACAGCAGCAGAACCGCCGGCCCGGGUCCAGAGGCGCAGCAGAACCCCCGGCCGCCCCCCCUGGUGUCUUUAUUUAACAAUGUGACCUUUGACCUGCAGGAGAGCCGAACUGAGGUGACUGCAGAGCUGCUGCUGGCCAACCAGACCUCCAACUCGUCGGCCUCCUCCUGUCUUCAGGACAGUGUUUUCCUGGAGGAGGAAAAUGUUCGUGUUGGUUUGUUGUUUGCCUCUAAAGCUUUGGUCCAGCUGCUGGUCAACCCGUUUGUUGGUCCGCUCACCAACAGGGUCGGUUACCACAUCCCGAUGUUCGCAGGAUUUAUCAUCAUGUUUGUUUCCACCAUCAUGUUUGCUUUCUCAGGGACGUACGCGCUGCUGUUCUUCGCCCGCUCGCUGCAGGGAAUCGGCUCGUCCUUCUCGUCUGUGGCGGGUCUGGGGAUGUUGGCCAGCGUCUACACCGACGAUGACGAGCGAGGCGUGGCGAUGGGCGUCGCCCUGGGAGGGCUGGCCAUGGGAGUCCUGAUCGGAGCGCCGUUUGGCAGCGUGAUGUACGACUUUGUGGGGAAGAGCGCCCCCUUCCUGAUCCUGGCCUUCCUGGCUGUGUUUGACGGAGGUAAGAAGUGGCAGGAGGGAGUGGAGCCCCCUGCUGGUGGGAGAGCUGAUGAUCAGGUGCUUCUGUGUAUUGCAGCGCUGCAGCUGUGCAUCCUGCAGCCCUCUAAGAUCUGCCCUGGGAGCGUGGAGGGAACGCCGCUACUGACCCUGCUGAAAGACCCGUACAUCCUGAUCAGCGCAGGCUCUCUGUGCUUCGCCAACAUGGGGGUGGCCAUCUUGGAGCCCACGCUGCCCAUCUGGAUGAUGCAGACCAUGUGUUCCCCAAAGUGGCAGCUCGGAAUGGCCUUCCUCCCAGCCAGCGUCUCCUACCUGAUCGGAACCAACCUGUUCGGACUUCUGGCCAACAAGAUGGGACGGUGGCUCUGCUCCAUGGUGGGGAUGUUCAUCGUCGGAGUCAGCCUGCUGUGUGUUCCCUUCGCCACCAGUAUCUACGGUCUGAUUGGUCCAAAUGGCGGCCUGGGCUUCGCUAUCGGGAUGGUGGACUCCUCCAUGAUGGCCAUCAUGGCGUACCUGGUGGACAUCCGCCACGCCUCGGUGUACGGCAGCGUGUACGCCAUCGCGGACGUGGCGCUCUGCAUGGGCUUCGCCAUCGGCCCGUCCACCGGGGGCGCUCUGGUCCAGGCGGUGGGCUUCCCCUGUCUCAUGGUGUUCAUCGGGGUGAUCAACAUCCUGUACGCGCCGCUCUGCUUCCUGCUGCGAAACCCGGCUGUUCGGGAGGAGAAGAUGGUAACUAUGGCAACCUGAGAUGGAGGUCUGCGAUUGGUCCAGAUUAGAUGGAGGUUUGUGAUUGGUCCAGUGGGUCUGGCCCUACCUGGCCGAUUAGCUGUAACCCUUCUGGUUCUGGUUCUGGAGGUGAUCCUCAGGGAUGACCCCCAAGCCUCUCCAUGUUCCCUGAUUUAGUGAUGACCAAACGUCAGACCGUCCAAUCAGCAGUCAGCCUGUUUUUCAACUGUCCAAUCAGCAGAGAGCCUGUUUUUGGACUCUCCAAUCAGCAGUCAGCUUGUCUG